AUGUUGAACGAUUCGCCGAGCCUCGGUCAGGAGCAGCUUAUCUUGGUCGAGAAACUUCGGAAGAAGAUAUCACAAUAUAACAAGGUCAUUAUCCAGCAGUCAAAGCUACAGAAAAUCCACCCACCCGACCCCUUCGAUCUUAGCAACGUCCAGCAUUUUCUGUACAGCGAUGAUAUGGAGAACGAGAUGAUCGGAGAAGAUUCUGAGACUUGGGGUAAACCGAGUGACCCCGACAACCACCCGCCAGACCUCAUUAGUAUCAAACCUCGCAAGAAGGUAGACACAUUCUCGACACUUGUCGCUGAGAAUGUUGUCCACCUAUUCAAAUAUGGUCUUGGUCAUCUCACUCAGAAAAACCAAUAUCUUGGACGGAAAGUGUAUUACGAUGCUGAUGUCUUGAAGGCAACAUCUUUUAUAACUUCGAUUUUGGCCUCUUUGAUUCCCAUAGCUUCUAUAUGGGUGUUGGUAUCUUUGGACUCCCUAAGGAAUAAGAUGAUCACCAUGGCGGCCUUCAACGUUCUUAUAUCGGCAUGCUUGAACUUCUUCACGGAUGCAAGAAGAACAGAUGUUUUCGCUGUUACGGCUGUGUAA